AUGGGUGCUGGAGGCUUUUCUAUUUCCCCAGAGAUUCAUUUUCGCCCAAUCGUAUCAACUGAAUCACCAGUAUUCUGUCUUCUCUGGGAAACGGAGAAAUACCUUAAAUCAGAAAUUAUUGGCCCUGAGAUCGAGAGCGCUCAAAAGAAGCUACUGGGACUUUUCGAGGAAGGCAAAGGAACGCACUUGGAUACCCUACCCAACGGUAAUACGAUAUUACACGUGAGCCUGCUUGAAUUCCUUCUGCCAAAUAAUGAGCAGUCUACUCUUGACAUCUGUUCUGAUUUACUAAAUUCUGGAGGGCAUAUGACCCACCAGGCUCUUGACUUGAGGCAUCACCCGGACACUUUCAACUCAUAUUACUAUAUGCCUGGAAAUGACCGUUGGAUUGAUAUGAUAUGGGAAGAUUAUAGUAUCCAACUUGUAUGGACACUUCGCGAUAAAAGGGAUCUCCAAGACAUUGAUGUCCCAGAGGAACUACUUCCUCUGAUCAACAGGUCAAGGAAUCAACUAAUGUCAGCCCUGGAAAAAGGCAUCGAUUUACAGAAUUGGAUUGGCUCUUAUACACAGUGGCUUUCAGGCCUGGCUUUACUUCUUCAAUAUGGUUAUGCAUCAACCGAAGAUUGUCUCAUACGAGCAUGUGAAGUGGGCUGUGAAGAAAGCGUCGAACUUCUGCUUAAUACUAGCGGAUACUGGAUUGGACCCCGCGUGUUGGAAACUGCCGGAAAACACAAUAAUCCAGCGAUCAUGAAGUUAGUGCUACAGGUACUCGCUGGCCGAAGAAAGCGGUUGCAGCUCUUAGCAGAGAGGUACUUGCCUGACAGAAUGGUCUCCCAGCUAGGUAUAAAGUCAGGUUAUCUCUUGAACAUCCAUGCCUAUAAAGUUUACAAACUUCUUGGGGAAAUGUCCAUCAAUGUCAAGAAUCUUGUGGAACUAUAUGAAUGGUCUGUAUACGAUUGUAUAGGGAUCAAUAUGAAAUUAGCGGACCUCCUAUGGAAUACCGGCUUCCGACAUUUGGAUGAGAGUAAAUAUAACAUGACUUGCCUUAUGAAGCUAAGGUCGAGCUCCCCCCCUUGCAGCCUUAACAUAUUUCUUGGAAAAGCGAACUGGUUCAUCGCAAAAGGUGCUGAUCUUAACCGUCAAAGAUCGGGCUCUUCGGCUACCGCUCUGCAUAUGUUGGGACAAGACAUAGGCAAAAUGCUGCGUUCAAUGGAAAGCGUUGCGAAAGUCACCUUGGAAAUGACUAAACUGGACAAAGCAUGCAAGGAUUUAAUGUGCGAAGUGCUGGCCGAUGAAAUUCAUGACGAAUGCUACUGUCCUUGUUCUCUUGACGGGUGCUCUGGGAUUACAAGACUUCUACAUGGGCUUUUCUAUGGACGGCCUGAAAGAAAUAUAGAAGAGCUUCUGCAGAGACUUGCAAUAAUGCUGGACGUUCUUUUUCCAUUACUUGAGCCCGCAGUCCAAGAACGCCUUAUUCCUUGUGUCCUCCGCUUUAUCGCCUGUCAAAGGUUAGAAAUCACCCACACGUGCGUGCAUAUGACUUUUGGGGAGAAAGAGAUACCUACAGAUGAAAUAAGUGAGAUCAAUGACGAGGAGAAAGACCUUAUAUUGGAACUUGAGCAACUCGUGGCUCAGUUUCCCUCAGAAAGGCCAAAUUCACUCUUCCCAGCUUCCUUGAUGCCCUGGUGGAUGCACAUUAACGAGGUCCUCUCAUCACGUAGGGCACCCAGCAAGGAAGAAAUAAAUAGGAUUCUUGAGACAGGGGUCGUUUUGUACGGAUAA